UCUAGGUACUUUUUCAGUUCUCAAUUUUACCUGCCUGUAACAUAAAGGCUAAAGCUUAUUAAAGAUAAACUGCUAAACGGAAUUUGUGAAGCUAAGAAAUAUAGUGUGGUUGUUAUGCUUUUCCAAAAUUAUAUAUUAUAUUUUAUUUAGCCUUACUUAUACUGGAAAAGUAACCUGGCAAUGUCACAUAUUAAUGACUUGAUAGGCGUAGUCCGAGGUCUUCGUCAUGUAAUCGAUGCGGGACUAAAGCUACAACAGGAGACUGCUAGAUUAAUUUGGAAUAACUCUAGCAUAAAACAGCCUCUCCAGAAUUGCUCAGUUAACCCAAUCGUAACUUACAAACCUAACCCAGACCUACUCAAUGAUGCUUUUGAAAGAGCCAAGGUGGUUAUGCAGGGCAUUAAACAAUACAUUGCUAUGAAUAAUUUGAAUUCAAAUGGUCAUGUAACAGAAGCAUCCACAACAAUGGAUCCAAAAUUGCAAGAGGACAUUGAUAUGCUUAACAAACAGUUCAAUGAAACAUUUGAGAGCUUAAAGCAAGCACAAAAGAAAAUAGUUUCCACUGUGAAUGUGACACCGGCUGGAGAACUUGCUAAACCCAUAGGACAGAUACAAACUGGAAAUGUUUAUGGUAAUGAACCUACAAUUGAUAAAACAGAUACAAGUCCAUCCUAUGAACCUACACACAUUGCUUCAACCAGUUCUGCUCCUAAACCAGUUGCAAGAAAGAAGAUAAAGGUGUCACUUAGUGAGAAUUCAAAGGAACGUGUGGUGCCAUCUUCUCGUAUUAGUAGAAUGAUAUCUUUUGGUACCCUGGCUGCGGGCCUCGGUGUAGGCACAGUUGCACAAUAUGCUCGGAAUACUCUACAGUCCGCGACUGGAAAAUCUGAUGAAACAUCAAACAUAUUCUUGUCAACAGCAAAUGCAGAAAGAAUUGUGGACACUUUAUGCAAAGUCAGAGGUGCUGCUCUUAAACUUGGUCAGCUACUAAGUAUUCAAGAUGAAUCAGUCAUCCCAUCGGAUCUCCAGAAAAUAUUUGACCGUGUCCGUCAAUCAGCGGAUUUCAUGCCUAAAUGGCAAGUGGAGAGAGUUAUGAGCUCUCAACUGGGAGAGCACUGGCGGAAUCUUGUCCAGCACUUUGAAGAGCAACCCUUUGCUGCUGCCUCAAUAGGUCAAGUGCACUUAGGUGUUCUUCAUAGCGGUCAAGAGGUGGCUAUUAAAGUGCAGUAUCCCGGCGUUGCGAAAGGCAUCAACAGCGACAUAGACAACCUUGUUGGUGUUCUUAAAGUUUGGAACAUGUUUCCUAAAGGACUGUUCAUCGACAAUAUCGUGGAAGUGGCUAAGAAGGAGUUGUCUUGGGAGGUGGACUACGUGCGUGAAGCGGAAUGUACGAAAAAGUUCAAGAAGCUUCUAGCGCCCUAUCCUGAGUACUACAUACCGUCGGUUAUAGAUGAACUCUGCGCCCAAGAAGUGAUGACGACCGAACUGAUUGACGGGACGCCGCUGGACAAGUUGUUUGAUGCGGACUACGAGGUGCGAUACGACAUCGCUUACAAAAUAAUGCAGCUUUGCUUGAGGGAAAUGUUCAUACUGCGCUGCAUGCAGACCGACCCGAACUGGGCGAACUUUUUCUACAACACGAAUACGAAACAAGUGAUAUUGUUGGACUUCGGCGCAACUCGUGAAUAUUCCAAAGAGUUCAUGGAUCAAUAUAUUGAAAUAAUUAAAGCGGCUUCAGAAAAAGACCGUGAAACGAUCUUGCGCAUGUCUCGAGAAAUGAAGUUCCUUACUGGAUACGAGUCGAAGAUAAUGGAAGAGUCGCACGUCGACACGGUCCUGAUAAUGGGUGAAAUUUUCACAAGCAAAGGAUCCGGUAAAUUCGACUUCGGCGCCCAAAAGACAACGAGACGCAUCCAGGCCAUAGCGCCGACAAUCCUAACGCACAGACUGUGUCCACCGCCGGAGGAAAUAUAUUCGUUGCACAGAAAACUCUCUGGCGUGUUCCUACUCUGUUCCAAGCUUAACGUGAAAAUGAACUGCCGUGAUAUGUUUCAAGAGAUAUACCGACAGUAUAAAGCGAACGCAACCAACUAAUCCUUCCUUAUAACGUCAUUCACAUUAUUAUUCGACGAGCCGGUUGGCGUGGUUGGUAGAUACUUGCCUUUCACGCCGAAGGUUGUGGGUUCGAUUCCCACCCACGACAGACCUUUGUUUGCAUGAACAUGUCUGCUGUUCCUGAGUCUGGGUGUAAUUAUCUAUAUAAGUAUGUAUUUACAAAAGAAAAGUAGUAUACGUAGUAUAUCAGUUGUCUGGUUUCCAUAGCACAAGGAUAUAUUAAUAUUAUUAUUUAUAAUAAUAUUAUAUUCAAUAUCAAUGUCAAACGUGUAUUAAUGUAUGUCUUUUAAUCGAAGAUUUUCGUGUUAGAUUGACGUCCGUAGUAGUAUAUAAGUAUGUAUGUUUACUUGUUAUAAAAAUAUCAUCUAUAGUAGUUUCAACAUUUUGAAGUUUCCUAUAAUUGUAAUAAAUUAGGUCUCAGUUUAUAAAGGAAUCAUUGUUAUAUUUCUAGUGACACGAAGAGCUGUAUUUUAAAAGUGUUAUAUUAAAGAGUUAAAAGAUCAUUAUUUAUCACUUGAUAAGUAUUAGGAAAAAUAGAAUAUACUCACAAAAUAUUGUACCGGUGGGCUAGAAAAUAUAAGUAGGAAUGGACAUAAUGGAGUUUACGAUAAAAUAAUGAUAAUAGUGAAAGCGUUUCUAAUUCAUCAUUUUAUUAAAAUCAUUCUAAUAAUAAUAUAGUCCGUUUAUUGAAAAAUAUUACUAGAACUAACAAUUGUUGUCGGUUUAAAGCCCCAUUGACUAUUUAAUUGAACUAAUAAAAUUAUUAUAAAUGAAGUGUUAGUUAGUGCGAUUGAUAAACCAACGGGCUUUAUACUUCUGGGAGCUUAGAACUUAUGAAAAAUACUGACUAUCCAAUAUUAAAAAAAAUAUAUAUUUAUGAUAUUUUACUUGUAAGCUGAUCUACCUCUUACACUAUAUACUUUUUUUUGAAAAUAAAUUAUUAACAUUGUGA